UUUCUUGCCUUCCGUCGGCGUUGGCAGCACCUGCAGGAUUUGCAGUGGCCGGGCAUGUUGGUCUGACAACUGUCUGCCGUCGUCAGAUCUACGUAGACGCUGUCCCGGUCCGCAUUGUUCCAGCAGCGACAAUGGCUUCCAAAUCGAAGAUGACCGCUGGAGCUCUUCUCCUGGGGGCAGUGCUCCUCAUGCUGAACGUGCAACCCAUCCGCGCGCUGGACACAUCCUGCAGCGAUCCUUGUUUCUCUGCUCUUCCCGCUCAAUGUGGGGGGUCUUGCCCUUUCCAGCUCGUCGCCACUGCUCAGGUGGCCUACAGGACAACCAACUCGUCUCAAUUGCUCUGCACCAACCAGUGCCAGGCUGCGUUGUACUCUGACGCCUUAGCUGGUUGCAUGAACCGUGGUGGUCUGGUUAAUGAAACCGCUGCGGUGCAAACGGUGAAAACAGCGACGUGUCCCACCCUCUGCUUCCUCCAAGUUGCCCCCCUGGAGACGUUCUAUGCCGCCUGUGGGACGCUGCUGACUCAGCUCACCACAAACGCCGUUGUCCAAGCGUCGUCCUGCUCAGAAACCUGCCGUCAAGUGGUGGAGGGCAUCCCCUUCUCUUGCAGAUCGUCCGUCGCCACCUCGCCCUCGGACGCUGCUCAGAAAGCGAAGGGAGUCUUCGACACCUGCAACAUCCCUUACAUGAUCAAUGGGACAAUAAGGAACGCUCCCCCAGUUGCUGCUACGCCAUCAGCUGCGGCGCCCCCCGUAAUGUCUUUAAACGUCUUGGGAGUUGCCUUGGCGGGCCUCCUUGUAGCAGCGGCCGCAAAUUAAAACUUUGAUGUGAAAUAGUGCACAGAAUUAGAGGGUUGAAUCUGGUCUGUCUGUAGCUGUCAUGCAGGAAACGAGUGUCAAAAUUGUGUAGCUCGCAAUUCUCUGCCCUUAUUUCAUUCUCGAGAUGUAGUGACCGGCCGGUAGACAACGCUUGCAGUGCUCGCAUACUUAGCUAGAAAUCAAGAACGAGCAAGAAAACAUUUCAGACUAGGAGCGUGGCAACAAUCUAGAAUUAUUGCGAUGAAAUUUCACCUUAUAGAUGCGGCCGAAUCCCGAGUCCUGCAGUGGCCG